GACAGGACGCUUCUCCUCUACGCAGCGAGGCUCCCUCGGUCUGGCCUAGGGUACAUGCUGCAGUGCAAACGUCCAAAGAGCUGGCUAGCCUCGAGGCUUAAAAUCAGCCUGGGGACGAGCUCCUGGAAAGGCCGGGUUUUGCACGCCUCCCCCGCCCCCAUUAACCCAGAAAUCCGAGGACCAGCAGCAUGCACGUUCCUGGUCCUCCGUUUGUGCAGACGCGGAACUAUGAUCGAUCGGCGGGCGGGCCAGGCAGACGCGGACAGAGAUUGAUCAGACCUGUUUCGCGAUCGCCGAGGACACUUGACGCGGCCGCCGGCCUUCCUUCCCGGGCCCGGGCGGGAGGCCGGACUGCGGCGCGCUACUGCAAGCGCGGCGGCGGCGCUCGGGCUGCGGGAGUCAGCGCGCGGUCGCGUCACGAGGGGCGGGGCGGAGGCUCGCCGGGAAGUUGCACCGACAAGUUGCAGCCGUCGAAAAACCCGGGCGAGGACUCGAGGGGCGAAGUGGCUGUCGAGGGGAGGGCGCAGCCGGCCCACUGGAUCCCCUGCAGUCAGAGGUUCCGGCGGACCCUCCCCAGGGGCAGCUGAGCACGGCCGGGGACACCGAGGGAGCGGACGCGGGGUCGGGAGGCCGCCCCUCGGUUCCACCUCCCCAUCGCUCGACGGCCGGCCGGGCCAUGUUCAGAGACCCAGGCUCCGCGGUCCUCCCCGCCGCCGCCGGUUUCCGGAAGCCCGCCCCGCGGAGCCUCAGCUGCCUCUCGGACCUGGACGGCGGCGCGGCCCGGGAGUCGCGGCCCUGCAGGCCCCCCGGGAGCCCGGGCAGCGCGCCGCCGCCGCCCGCGCCGUCCGGCUGCGACCCCUGCCUGCGGCCCAUUAUCCUAAGGCGGGCGCGCUCGCUGCCCAGCUUGCCUGAGCGCCGCCGUAAGGGCGCAGGCGCGCAGGGCGCUGCGUGCCGGACGGGCUGCAGCCGGCAGAACCGCGUGCGCUUCGCCGACGCUCUGGGCCUGGAGCUGGCGCAGGUCAAGGUGUUCAACGCGGGCGACGACCCGUCCGUGCCGCUGCACGUGUUGUCGCGGCUCGCCAUCAACUCGGACCUGUGCUGCAGCAGCCAGGACCUGGAGUUCACCCUGCAGUGCCUGGUGCCUGACUUCCCGCCGCCCGUCGAGACCCCUGACUUCGGCGAGCGCCUGGGGCGGCAGCUCGUGUGUCUGGAGCGCGUCACCUGCUCAGACCUGGGCGUCAGCGGUACGGUGCGCGUGCGCAACCUGGCCUUCGAGAAGCAGGUGGUGGUGCGCUACACGUUCUCCGACUGGCGCAGCGUGCACGAGGCUGUGGCACGGUGGCGCGGGCCGGCGGGCACUGAGGGCGCCGAGGACGUCUUCACCUUCGGCUUCCCGGUGCCGCCCUUCCUGCUGGAGCUCGGCUCCCGCGUGCACUUCGCGCUGCGCUACUGUGUGGCCGGCGCCGAGUACUGGGACAACAACGACGGCCGCGACUACAGCCUCACGUGCCGCAACCACGCGCUGCACAUGCCGCGCGGGGAGUGCGAGGAGAGCUGGAUUCACUUCAUCUGAGACUCCGCGCGCAGGCCGCACCCGCGCUCACUUCCUGGCUGGGCUGUCGCAUCUGGGCAGUGGCCCUUUCUCACACCCCAUCUCCUAACUGAGGUCGUUUGACCUCACUUCCUACUGUAAGGUGUGCUGGCAUGGCCCGUCCUGUCUUCUACUUGCAUCGUCUGUGUCACUUGGUCUAAAAAGUAAGCUCAGGUGCCAGAAGGCCGAGCUGUGUCCUAUGCUGGGGCAGGGUGCUGGGUGGGUAGACUCAUGGGUGCGUUGGCCCCUCUGAAGAAGGCCCAGGCAGGUGGUUUUGGAAAGGCCUGCAUCCUCCCGCUGGGAAAGCCUGUGGCUUUUGCGUGUGUCCUGAUUGGGUCUCUGUGAAUAUAGCUGUUAUUUGUCAUCAUUGUGACAUUGGGACUUUUUACCCUUGGUGGAUGCCUUCUUCGGAACAUUCUGGAUUUAAUAAGCUAAAAAAGAAAAAAAGUCAUUUUGUGUGUUUGUGCCCAUUGUAAACAAUGUACAGUGUGACCCCCAUUGUGGUCCCUUGUGGCAUUCCUGCCCUGGGACAAGAAAAACCUGUGAUCACAUUUGCUUGCCAAUGUCUGUAGGCUUCUAACAGCCGGGAAACUAUUAAUAGGCAAGAAAUUUAUGCCUCAUCUGGUCAUCUUACAACCAUUCCUGGGAGUUCAGGCUGCCCGGUUAGGCUGUGUGUCUCCUGCAUCAGCAAUUGCGAAGGAAGAAAAUGCUUAAAACUUUUAACUAGCAAAAGAGCCAGCCCUUUCUGCAGUCUCCUUUCGCACGUCAUGUAUUAUUCUUGUACAUGUUUGAUAAUUAUGUAUCUGCACUUUAUCAGGCCAUUCUGUUUAGAUUUGAACUACCUAAAUAUUUUAAAAAAUUCUGCCUUAAGUUAUUUCAGUUUUCAGGCAACUCUAUGGAAUUUCAGGCAACGAUGCCCUUUGCGAUGACCUUUUUGAUGAAUUAAGGUGACUCUGUCUUCUCGAGCGUCAAAGGUUCCAGCAGUCAUCUUUCAGAAAUCACGUUACCAAGUGGAACUAGCAGGUAUUUUCAGCAACAGCCAGACUGGAGGAAAAACAAUACACAAAUAUUUAUACUUUUUAAGUGUUUUAAACUGUAUUUAUAUAUGCCUGGUUUUAUCAGCUACCUGCCAACUUUGUUCUUUGCGCCUUCAGAUAGAAAAGUUUAUAACCUCAUCUGGACUUGUUUCCCAAUUUUAAAAUGUUAAAUGCUGUUGUUUUUUUUUUUAAAUCUCUAACCAAGAAGUCAAGGCCAUUGUCCCCUGCAGACUGCCACAAGAACUUAAAACCUCAGUGAGGGGCUGGUGAUUGUUUUUGGUGCUGAGUGUUGGUCUGAUGGCAGGUGCUAGCACUGAGGUGUGAAAACCCAGCUAAGAUGGACACGGUCUCCAACUUAGGAAGCUUGUUUCUGAGACAGCUGAAACCAGUGUAAUCAAUUUUGUGAUAGCUGUCACCAAUGCACUGACUCUAAAUUUUUGAAUGUUUGUUGCCAUUUGUCAAAUAAGUAUGUAAAGGACACAUUUUGCCUUUUAACCAAUUUCUUUUUUAUAAUUGCAACUGUGUUGUUUUUAAAAUUCCAUCAAUAGGGGUGGCUUUCUUUGGUACCUUCUGAUCUAAGAAUAUGGAACUUUGAUUUAAAAUAUUGUGACUAAAUUGAACAAUCGUUGGCUGUUAGCACUGUGUACGCCAUUGACACGCAAGAGGGAGAGAAGCCUGGUUGCAUUUCCUGCUAUUUGACAAACUGUCCAGUUAGUUCAGCAAGCCUGUGAGGGCCUGGGUCCCAGCCCAGCGUGCAAGGCAGUUGUCCACAGCAUUCAGGUAUGAGCUAGAGCUGGCAAAUGUAUUGCUAUGUAAAGGCAUGUAGAGAAUCUUAUAAUCCAUAUGAAGGUCACUUACCAAAAAGGUUCUGGUCACGGAAUAUGAAGUAAAUGUUAUAUCUUUAAUAUUAAGAGAAUCUCCAUGUGCCUUUGAAAAAACAUCAACGUUUAAAAAAUUUUAAAGCUUAAAUAUACCUGUCCAGUUAAUAAAGCAGCUUUGGAACAGCUUCAGGAGAUUUUCAGGCCUGAAAACACAGUUAUGUGGCCUAGACGUUCAAAUUUUGUUGUGGAUUGUGCAAUUCUUGGGUUGUCUUCUCAAACAUAUUUUAAUACCUGCCAUUUAAGGUGUCUUCACCUAAGCCUAAAUAUUAAAGUAUAUGUGCACAAGUGGUUAGUUGAAGUGUGUUUUUCUUGUGGUCUAAUUACUGUGAAACAAGGCUUUAGAAGCAUGCUGAUUGUCAUUUCACACAUAAGUCUCAUCCUUCCUAAAAGGC